AUGAUUUUGAAAAUAAUUUCUAAAGGAUUUGCGCUUCACAAAUAUGCUUACUUACGAGACCCUUGGAAUUGGUUAGAUUUUGUGGUUGUGAUUUUAGGGUAAGUAGCUUCAAUUAUCUCGACAGUGGCUCUGUUCAUUAUUAUUCAUCAUUUUAGUUUCUGAGUAAUUAACGACUGCUUUAGUUUUGGUUUCUUACGCUCCUUGAUUGGUCUAGAAAUUUGCACACCGGAAUCAGAAAUUGCAAUUACGAGCUCACUCGGGUUUUCUGUUUUCAAGGAGUUUCCAUGGUAUCAGUUAAGACCCGACUGAAUAACGUUUAUAGUUGUUAUGGUUUGUGGUUGAUCCUUCUUUGCUUUGGUACUACGAAACUUGCCCAAACUUAGUCGAACAGAGCUCAAAUAACAUAAAAUCAAUGUUAACUAAUUGAGAUCCUUAUCUUUCUUUAGGUAUGUAACACUCGCUCCUGGCGUGCUGGCAAAUCUGUCAGGGAUUAGGACGUUUCGCGUUUUUAGAGCCUUGCGGACAAUUUCAGCCGUGAAAGGUACGAUGUAUAUAAGUUUUAAAUGAACCAGGAGUUGAUGAAGAGAAAUGUGCUUAAAUAAAUGUUGUAAAGCAAACGUUCUGACCGCCCUAUAGCUUGUUUUAAAGUUGCUGUUUUAAAAGGCGUAGCUGAGGAAAAACUUAAGAAGUCGUAUACACAAGCAUGGGCAGCCAAUGUUUUUUUUUUAAUAUUCAAGGAAGUUAUGGAGGUUGCUGACAAAGACUUUGCUUAAAUUCUCUAGCAGAUGCCUUAGUCUCUAACAAUUCAUACUUUUCAUAUUUGCAGGGCUAAAAAUGAUGGUAAACACCCUCCUGGUUUCAAUGAAGAUGCUAUGGGAUGUAUUUAUUCUCACUAUGUUCUUCAUUUGCAUUUACGCACUUGUCGGAAUGCAAGUGUUUGUGGGUGUACUAAGAAAUAAAUGCGCGGAGCCUGUGCCAGAAAAUCUUCAAAUUUCGUACAAGGAUUACGCAUCCAACUCAAGUGAGUACGUCAUGUAGUUAUAACUUAAUGUCGCAUACAGGAUAAAUAAGGUCAAUCAGUAAUCAUAAAACAAACUGAACUAUAUAACUAAUUGGUUAUUUAUUUAUAUGAAACAAAUCAAGAGAGGAUCCUCGUUUGAACAAAUAGAUUCCACGUUAUCAUACGUCUGUUCUGUAACAGUAGAUCGCAGAAAAUGUCAAAAGGUGGCUAAUACAGCAUUGGCACGCUUGGCUGCCCCUCGGGUGUUACGAUUUUGUUCUAACCACAGCUUGACUUCAUCAGUGAUUUAUUAUGGGACAAACGCACUACACAUGGAAAUCGCUUGCAAGAACAGAAGUUAGACUUUGUCUUGUUAAACGAAAUGGUUUGUAUAAGUUAUUAGGCUCAUAUCUUAACAAAUCCUUGUUCAAAUAAAAUCCUUUGGUCACAUUUACAUGUUGCGCCCGUAGAUGUGUGGAUACUUGAUCCCGAUGGACAGCCUAUCGUUUGCGGAAAUAUUUCUGGUGCGAUGUAAGUGAAUAUAUUCUUCAUUUCAUAUGAGUUGAAACGAGCUGAUCGUCCUAUCAAAUUUUUGGGGGAAUCAAAGAGAGAUACGAAGCAGUGACAUAGUGUGCUAAAUGAUAUGGGAACCAAACUCAAGAAGUGUCUUGUCCCUUAUAUACAAUGCAUAUAAAUAUGUCAAAUCCUAGAGAGAAAAAUUAUAUUUCUUCACUACUUUUCUUCGACAGGCACUGCGCGGCCAAUCAGAGCUGUCUUUCUCACGCAGGCGCAAAUCCAAACUAUGGAUACACCAGCUUUGAUCACUUCGGCUGGGCCAUUAUGACGUCAUUUCAACUUGUUACCUUAGACUUCUGGGAAAAUGUGUACAAUAAUGUGAGUGAUAUAAGUUUCUGAAAUCUUACGACACACUGCGUAACAAAUGAUUCACAUCAGUUAGUUGCAUGCGAAAGUCAGUCAACCUGAUUGGCAGACAGUCGGAGAGUCAGCGAGUCAGAAAGUCCUUGUGAUAGACAAACUCAGUGGCAAACAGACACUUGGAAAGAAGCCGGGCAGUUAAUCAAUCAAGCUGAUUAAAAGUACAAGCAGACGAUCAGACAAGUAUUCAGACUAUCAGCGUUAUAAGCCACACAAUUCAAUUAAUUACUUCGAAACUGGCAGACAGAGAGUUGGUCAAACACUUAGCCUGCGUGGCUGGCAGACAUUCGGAAAUUCGUAUUUUUAUUAUGAAAGAAAGUCAGACAGACGGACAAAAUUUUACGUACAAUUUAAACUGCAUUUUUAUUUUUUCAAUGAAUAUUAUCUAACAUUAAUGCAACUAAGUACGAUAACUAAAUGAAAAUAUUAAAAACAAUAAUAGUGAUAAUGAUAAUCGCAAUAACGUAGUGUUGCCUUCUUUCAUUCUGUUGCAUUUGUUUGGUUUGUUAUACUCAAGUCACGAGUGGUAUUAACAGCUGAACAUCUCUGUCUUUUCAUCAGAUCCUAUUUGCCAUGGGUCCCUGGUCUUUAAUUUAUUUCCUAAGCAUUGUGUUGUUUGGCCGAUUUUAUCUCAUCAAUCUUGUUCUUGCUGUAGUGGCUGCAUCUUAUGAAAAUGAAGUGCAAAACUCUCGACAGGUAAGUCAUAAAAUUUUCCGGCGAAACAGUGAAAUCUGGUGUUUUAAUGCAAUCAGCGAAACCAGGAGCAUUUGACCGACUGGAAAAUUUAGGUGCGAAGUUGGACCAAAACAAAUUUUUAGAAAACGUUCUUCUGGUCUCUCCUCAAAUGGAUCAAAUAUUAUAUCUUACUCGACGCUUGCCGAUGAGGAUUAGGCCUCAAACUUCUGUUCUCUAUUAGCAAGUGGCUCUGCGUUUUUAUUAGAGAAAAAAACUGUUUGAACAUAUAAUUUCACAUUUAGGCAAAACCACCGGCAUCAUUGCUUCUGAUUGGUUAGGUAAUAAAUCUCCGCUUGUUCUUAAGCCACAAUACAGGGUAAUUUAGAUGCUUCUAAGUUAUAUGCUUCCUGCUAAACUCAAAACACGAAUCAACCAUAUGAGUAUUCGUACGAUUUAGUUCCGUAGUUCCAUAGCCCUGAAUAUAAGUUUGUCUAUGAGACAGAACAAUUAGUUUUCAAACGGGAAGCAGACGGACAGAAAUUAUUUUUUUCGUAUGGUACUGGGCAGUGACGUCAUGCUCAUCCUCCUUAGUAACAUUCUGCUCUCUUAUUUCUCAGGAUAAUGACAGCUUACGUCUCCAGCAGAAACAACAAGGCUCUUCUUUCUCACUGCACAGCCGUAGAAGUAUCAUGAGUCUCGUGUACGGAGAACAAGAUGUGGUCCUGGACGAGUCAAUUCACCGAGCCAUGUUCGAUGUGGCAGCUUAUGAUAAAACUCAUGACUCGUUGGCUCUGACGCAGGCAGAAUCUGCAUCAGUUUUCCAAAUAAAUCAAAGUGAAAGAGACUCAAAGCAAACAAAAGUUAUGAAUAAAACUGCAGAGAAUAACAAUUCCGGUGAGAGUCAUGUUAAACCUCUUAAAAAGUGCUGCUCUUGCUGCGGAGCUGGAAUCUUGUUGAAGUGUGGUUUCUGGAGACCGUUCCGGAAACACGUAAAGCGGAUCGUGGAACAUAAAAUGUUUGAGGCUGGUAUCAUCAUCAUUAUUCUGAUCAACACGCUGUUUAUGUCCCUACAAUAUCAUGGAAUGAACGAGGAUUUGGCAUUAGCAGUUGAUAUUGUUAAUCUGGUGAGUAUGCAAGCAGUCCAACUUUAUAAGCGCGAACAUUCUUAAGAAUGUAGAUGUUAAACUGAGGGAUUCUUGUUUCACAGGUUUGCACCUUCAUAUUUUUGAUGGAGAUGAUUCUGAAGUUGAUCGCUCUCAAGCCAAGUGGUUACAUCAAAAGCCGGUGGAAUAUUUUUGAUGGAGUUGUUGUUAUAAUUAGUCUCAUAGAUACGGUAUUAACUUUGUCAAACCUCAUCGACAACACAGGAACAAGUGUUCUAAGGUCUUUCAGAUUGGUAAGUACCGACUCAAAAAAUGAAAAUUUGAACAGUUAGGGGGUUUUUCUUAUGAUUCUAUUGACUCACGACACAACUGGAUGUUGUCAUUUAGUCAAGUGGGAAAUUUUAUCCCGGUUCGCGUGCUGAGAUUCCAGACCGCUCGGUUAACUAGAUGUAAUAAUUUGAGACCCAGAUCAAAACCAAAGUAUGAAAUUUUUGAAAUUUUUUAAAAGCGGAGAGUGGUGAAGUGAGGUCUCAAAAGGUGAACCAAGUCCGUUUGUUUUGAUCAUACAAGGAAGCACUCAGCCUUGGACUUAACCUUGAUACACUCUCCUUCUUCAAAAGGGCAAGAAAUAAAACUCUCGUUCCUUGAUGUUACGCAGUCGAAUAAGCUCUAGGAAACAGAUUGUUAGGCUCAAUAACAUUUUUUUUAAAUCCAUAUUUAAGUUUGGAGGCUUAAAUUUAAAGUAGUUUGUCAAAAGAAGCAAAAUAUAUCAGUUUCCUUCAGCUGAUAAUGUUUACUUGAGAAUCGCGUCCAACGGGAUAAAGCAAAACUUUUUUUUUUCGUAGCGCGCGUUUGCCUCACAAUAUUUAAAUCUUUCUGAAACCAAUAAAUAAGAGUGUUUUUCUUUAUCUUGAAUCUUGUAGGUCCGCAUUCUAAAGCUCGCUAAAUCCUGGAGUACGAUGUCCAGUCUGUUGGCCACCAUAGGUCAAAGUCUGGGAGCUCUUGCCAAUCUGUCCGUCAUAUUAGCCAUCAUCAUUUAUAUCUUCGCUGUGGUCGGAAUGCAGUUAUUUGGUUCAUCUUACACAGCGGAUAAAUUCGAUGGUGAAGUCCCUCGGUGGAGAUUUACAGAUUUCUGGCAUUCGUUUCUGUUAAUAUUUCGGAUUAUUUGCGGGGAGUGGAUUGAGCCUCUAUGGGACUGCAUGAGAGCUGCAGGACCCGCUUCUAUCAUACUCUUCAUACCAGCUUUUCUUUUAGGACACUUUAUUGUGAGUAAAUUAAUUACGGCAAGGUCACAUGUCUCCAUGCGCAAUGAAAGAAAGGACAUGUUAUCAUGUAAACGGAAAUGAAAUACGGGAAUCCGAUCUUUUGCGGUUAAGGUGUUCAAAAAUCGUUAUCCGAGGGUAUUUUACAGACAAUUCUAAACAUGGACAUUUUAAAACUGCUAAAUGCUGUGAAGUCGAACUUCCCAAUGCGUUUUACCCUUUGAUGAUGUAUCGAUGAAAUUCAGAACCUUUUUUUCUGACACAUUAAUUCUCCUAGAAGCUCUGUUUUGUUCUCACACUCUAAAAGGUCGUGUUAUUCUUUCCAUAAGUUUGACAAAUUGCUUUUUACGAUCGAUAACAGUGCAUUUUAUUUCAGAUCCUUAAUCUUUUCUUGGCACUGCUACUGAGUUCGUUUGCUGGCCAAGCCUCGCUGUCUUCCGCUCGAGGAAACAAAAAGAACCGUAUCUUAGGUCGGCUGAGGAAAGUUGUAAUUGCAUCCAACUUUAUAAAAAGGAUGAAAUCCAAGGUGUGGCCCGCUCCGAACAAAGACACACAAACAGAUGAGGUGAUAGAAAGUAAGCGAACUUAAACAACCAAACUAUUACACUACUCUUCACAUGAACUCAAUUUAUAAUGAAGAAAGAAUGUGCUUUCUCUCUUUAUUCGACAACCGAACCUAAAACCAACCAUCUUUUUUGUUCUGUUACUCUCAAGACGCUUUCAACAUUGUUGAUUUUAUAAGUAUGCGGAACGUUCAUCACAUAUGAACAUUUUCCAUGGCCUGCUUCAUCAACGAACUCACUGUGGUUCAGUUGGUAAAACGUCCCGACGCGAAAUUCGGGGGUCUAAGACUUGAUUUUUCGUCGAGGACUCAGAUGUAUUGACUAGCUAUUACUUUUAAUGAUUUAAGGAACAGGGAGUUGAUUGCGAUAGAUAAAAAGUGCUGACGAAUUUUGCAUGGGAGUAAAGCUGUGUUCCGACGAAGGGUUUCUGCUCAGAACGUCAGCCUUUCAAAAUUUGGUUUCAUUUUAUAUUUACACCAAAAAAAUUGUCUUUUAGUCGGUAACGGCCAUGCAGAAGCAAUUAGUCAAGCAUCGAGGAAAGCUUCUUGUGUGACAAGCCCGAAUGAUCCGCCAUCAAGACGAGUGUGUUGUUGUUCGCUGAACAUUCGGGAAUACGAAGUCGACAGCUGUUUUCCGACGAUACACGGCUGCUGCACGAAGUUUGAUGAGACAACUUGUCACGUGAUUUGGAUCUGGAUUCGUUACAAGGUGAAAUGCUUUGUGGAACACAAGUACUUUGAAUGGUUCAUAGUGUUUCUGAUUGCAGCGAGCAGCAUUGCAUUGGUAAGUGAAAUUUUUCUUAUGCGAGACAUAGAAACACUUACUUCUUUACUAAAUAGCGAUCAGAUAAUGUUAAAACAACGAAUGGUUUGAAAUUAUGAACAAGUGAUGAUAUAUUCAUAAACUCACAAUGAGAUUGGGAACACAAAAACAGUGUUUACGAUAUACUGCCUAGUGCGCACGAAUGACUAUGGAUCGCCGCUGGAACAAAAAGGAGCGAGAAAAACAAGCCAUUUCUGUAAACACAAUUAACUAAAAAAAAAACACCCCCUUCCUAUGCUUAAAUAUUUAGACAAGUAGAUAAAAAACAACCGCAGCUGUCUCCGACAAGAUGUUUAGACAUUCCUUUCUUUCUCAGUGAAAAUAUCGAUUCCAUACAUAAUUCCCUUUAUAAUGUUUCUUUAGGACAUAGCUUCUGGUAUGUUUUCUAGUUGUGUGGUUGUAUGUGUGUGUGGGGGGGGAAGGAGGGAUGGGAUGGGGACAGGGAAUGGUAGGUAGAGAAAAAUAGGGGAGCUAUCGUUAUGAUUCGGUUUUCAGGUAAAAGAAAUUGAACAAUCAGUCCAAAAAUUGGUCUUAAAGUGUCAUAAACGUUUUGUUUAAGGUCUGUGGCAUAAAAGGCAUUUUCUAUAACCGAUAUAUCGAUGUAACCGAUAUUUUCAAAUUUCGUCUUCGAACUAUAGUUCGAAGACGAAAUUUGAAUUAGAAAGACGAACCUUAAAGCCAAUUACGUACCAAAGUUUUUCAAUAAUUAUUGGUAAACAUUUCUUUCGUAGGCUUUUGAGGAUGUGCACUUAGACAGCAGACCGAUAUUAAAGGAAGUGUUGAGGGUCUUAAAUAUCUUCUUUGCUAUUGUGUUUGUGCUUGAAUUUAUCCUCAAACUCAUCGGUCUCGGCUUCACCACAUAUUUCUCAAGCGCCUGGAACUGGCUUGACGUCGCGAUUAUUGUGGUAAGUAAAUUUACCUUAUGAUGAACAUUUCUAGGUGUAAAAACUGCGCUCAAAGGCAAAUUCUAGGUCGGAUCGUAUAUCAGAUCUUGCCAUUUUUAAUCUCUUGUUUCCGAGGUUAGAGGAUCUAAAUUUCAUUCAUUAGUUUCUUUCCAGCCCAUCUCGUUCACUAUUGCUCCGCUCUGUUUAUCGAGAAAAGCUUCUCCUUUUAAUAGGGCUGCUCUAUGACACAUUUAAAUAAAAUUUAUAUUUGUUUUGUCAUCGAAAGAGUUAUCCAGCUCCCCCAGGCUAUUUUGCUUAAGAAAGUUAUACAGUAUAGACUUCAUUUCAGCUUUUGAGGAUCACCAAGUAGGUAUCCAUUUUGACCGAUUUGCAGCACGGCAAAAACAAUCUCCUGCCCUCUCACGUCAUUCUCAUUCCUUCCUCAUUUAUGUGAUUAAAUUUCCUUAAUUUAACUUAUCCGCUUAACUUUUCUUAAAGGUUUCUCUUAUCGCUCUGUUUGGUAACGAGGAGGUCAUGUCUAUUCGGUCCUUGAGGACGUUAAGAGCUCUGCGACCACUAAGGGCGAUCUCUAGAUUUGAAAGAAUGAGGGUGAGUUAUCUUAUGUUUUUAUUCAGACAAGUUUUACAAUAACACGUUGGCCUUUUUAUCUUAGUUCGAGCCUAGAAAAAGAGGUUCAUUUUCAGAAGAGAUCGCUCAUUAUUUCCCUUUUCCGGGGAAAUUUUGUUUUCGAAUGUUCUCGUCGAUCGACAGAUCUGGAAUGUGUGAGCUAACCUUCCUGAUGAUCUCACUUGACCUUCUUGCUAAUACUGUAAUCCAUGCGACAGUACAAUGUCUUCAGUUCAACAAAAUGACUAAUGUAUGAUCUAAAUUUGCUGCGCGUGUCGCAAAAAUUAGAGGGAAACAGUUAUCCCCAUUUUGUUCAUGUAACCAGCACGUAUAUAUUUCGCUUCUCAGGUGGUUAUCAGCUCUCUGUUUCACGCCAUACCUGGGAUUGCCAACGUUCUGCUGGUGUGCUUGGUAUUCUGGCUGAUAUUCAGCAUCAUGGGAGUCAAUCUUUUUGGCGGGAAAUUCUACAAGUGUGUUGACGCGCGCGGCGUCAAAUAUGACGCUUCUGUGGUGCCAAAUAAGACCGUAUGCCUUCAGAGGGGAGACCGCUGGAUUAACUCUAAUGUCAACUUUGAUAAUUCUGGAAACGGAUUCCUAGUCCUUCUUCAAGUAGUAAGCUGAAUAUUUUUUGUAAAAUCGUUGAAAAAAAAGGAUUUAUUUGGUUGUAUUUCUAUGCGUUUUUCGGAUUAUUUCAUUAAUUGUGUGAUGGUCUCAUGUGACGCGUGAAUUUAGGUCGCAAAGACAGUUAGCCACGUCAGUUAUAAUUCUUUUAAUUGUUCAUAUCAUAUUCUCAGGCUACUUUUGAAGGAUGGAUGGAGAUAAUGGAGGACGCUAUUGAUGCCACUAAAGUAAGAAACAUCGACUCUGUCUUGCCUCUGCUGGUUUACAUCGACAGAUUUAAACAGCACGCCACGUGAUUUCCUUUAAGUUAUGACCGCAUUCAUUCUGUUUAAGAACAGUGUAAUCAGACUGAAACAAGGCCGUAAAUCAUAUGUGCUUGCAAACCUUGUAAAUUAACCGCUCCACCUACCGAUAUAUUAUCUCCUUGUUUUACAAGUUUUAUUUUUCCAUUGAAAUGAUACAUUCACCCUUUCAACAUCGCAUGGACAUGUUUUUCUUCACUUUAAGUGUCAAUGCAGAAAACCGAUAAGUGAGAAUUGAAAAAAUCAUUAGAUAGGGAGUGUCAUUUUGAAAAGUUCGUAAAUUCUCUUAAAUUAUAUACUUGGAAAUGCUCAGCAGUUGGAGAGGAGAAUUGGGAAUCUGAUCUUAAGACUGACUUAAAUUAAAGGGUUACUGGGUUACUAUUAUUCCUGGCUUGUAGGUAGAUCAACAACCCGUGAGGGAAAACAACAUGGCGGCAUACUUGUAUUUCAUCGUUUUCAUCAUCUCUGGAUCUUUUUUCAUCUUAAAUCUCUUCAUCGGUGUCAUUAUUGACAACUUCAAUCAUCUCAAGCAACAGGUAAGUAAACUUCUAUCUUAUCAAUGUACAAACCCUGCCUGAGUGUUCUUCUCUUCCGGGAUAAGAGAAGACCAGUAAAAUAAGUUAACUUAACUCAAGCUUCAUUUUUAUGAUUUGUAUAUUAUUAGACUAUACAUGUCAUUUAGCUGACUUGCUAAGAUCCUAGACACUGAGAGAGAAAGGUCUUGUAAAAGAUUUGAUUUUUUUUUCAUGUUCUACCAACAAUACGCGACAAAACUGUUUUGAAUAGGACCUUUGAUGCAUUAAACAACGUGAAUGUUUUCUCCACGCUAUAAACUGUUGCAGUGCAAAAUGUCCCCAUGUGCCCGCGUUCAAGAAAAUAAACAGGCCAAAAGAAAAGAAAACUCUCAGAAAUCGCAAGGUUUUUGUAACUGACUCUAAAUGCUGAGCUGCCCUUACCAUGCUUUCCAUCAAGGUGAGAAACAUAUUUUUGAUUUUUUUUUCCACAGAUGGAGGUUUGUGGCUCUGUCCAUAUCUUUCUUACACCAAACCAGAGAAGCUGGAUGAAUGCGAUAAAAAAUGCUGCAGCUAUAAAACCAAAGAAGAAAGUUGAAAGACCACAGGUAACGACAGAGAAAAGUUGGAACUUCUGCUGUUUGGCUCAAUACUUAACAUCACAUCUUCCUUGUCUGUGUUUAUGUCGUAAAAUGUGAAGGAAGGGGGGGGGGAGGGUAACCCGCGAUGGAGUAGCAUCCCAUCCAGUGACGAGUACCACUGACUCCUGUCAACAAUUAUGUUUUUGCAGAAUCGCUAUCAAGCAGUGGUGUUUGAUAUGGUGGAAAAUCGAAAGUUUGAGAUCUUUAUCAUCCUGGUGAUCACAGUGAACAUGAUAGUUAUGAUGGUACAACACUAUGGCCAGCCCCCACAAGUCACACGGGUGCUCGAUAUCCUUUGUCAAAAAUAAUCCUUCUUUACUUUAUAACUUAUGAGUAUUUUGCGACAAGGAGAAUAGAGGCUGCACACUUUUAAUGAAACACACUAAUCGACCAAUUAGCGUGCGAGAGGUUUCUUACUUAUAGUUAGAAAAACCUGGCGGGAUUUUUUUAUAGCAUGCAACUAAUUAUAAGUUAGUGAAUCAUAUUUCUUAGCUGUAAAUAUACGAUAUUUUCCUUAAUAAGAGACUGCCAUGUGCGUCCAUCACAUAUCUUCAAUAUCAUUUUCACCUGUAUUUUCAUCAUUGAGGCCCUGUUGCGAAUCAUUGCCCUACGAUGGGGAUAUUUCCUACAGCGCUGGAAUGUGUUUGACUUCGUCAUUGUUUUACUCUCCAUAGUGGGUAAGUAAAUUAUUGGCAACCUUUGAUUUUUUUCAGUUACAGCACAGCUGCUCCUUUUGCAAGUGUCGACAAGCUGCAACAUUACAAAGGUCUCGUCAUUCCGAGAAAAUUUCAUGAUAAAUUAAAAAAAACUGCACAGAUUUGUGUGACUGGGGGUAUGGGCUUCUACCGAUAUUCGCUCAACGCGGUCUUUAAAUAGGAAUAAUUUAAUAACUUCGUCUCUCCGAUACUUUCAGCCUCAUUUAUCUCAAACCCUUUGUAACUCGUGUCCGAAAAUCUUUUUCGCGAUCAGGAUUAUUCUCUCUUCAAGAGAUUAUAAACAGUUUAUAAGCUCUUGCUCUCUUAUAAUAUUUUAGAUUUUGUUAGCUGAUUUGGAAAAAAAAAUUUGUCCUUGUCGGUGUGCGCAGAUUUUUUACGUCCCACUUUCGACCCGGAGUGGCACUAUCUCAUACAUUUCUUCAUUUGUCUUUAUGAUUCAGGUAUAAUAGUGGAGAGCUUAAACAAAACAGGAAUCAUCAUAACACCUAAUUUACUGCGCGUUGUUCGCGUAUUCCGAGUUGGAAGACUACUACGCUUCUUUGAGAAAGCUAAGGGGAUUCGACGAUUAAUGUUUUCAUUACUUGUUUCCUUGCCAGCUCUCUUCAAUGUGGGUGCCAUACUUUUUCUUAUUGUGUUUAUCUACGCCAUUAUUGGGAUGUCAUUCUUCGCGCAUGUCAAGAAGACAGGAGCGUUAAAUGAAGUGGUUAAUUUUGAAACCUUUUUAAACUCGAUGUUGUUGAUUUUUCGUCUGAUGACAGCAGCGGGCUGGAACGAUGUUUUAGAGCCCUUAAUGAUAAAACCGCCCGACUGUGAUCCAAAUUAUAAAGGACUUUCCAACGGAAACUGCGGAAAUGGUUGGAUUGCUGUUUGCUAUUUUUCCAGUUUUAUCGUAAUUAUUUUUCUAGUUCUUAUUAACAUGUAUGUGGCGGUUGUAUUGGAAAAUUACAACAAUGUCAUGGAGCAGGAAAAGAUAGGAAUUACCGGAGAGGAUGUAGACUUGUUUUAUCAGCACUGGAAAUUGUAUGACCCCGAUGGCACCCAGUAUAUUUAUUACAAGGAUCUUUCAGACUUUCUGCACACCUUAGGAGGAAACUUGAAGAUUAAGAAGCCAAACAAGGCCGCAUGCGCAUUGCUGAACAUACCGCUGUACGAAGACGACAAGAUUUUCUGUCUGCACUUGUUGCAAGUUUUGGUGAAGAGAGUUGUAGCCGGAUACGAAGAUAGCAACUCCGAGGAGUUUAACAUGGUCAUGAAACGAAUGGAAGAAAGAUUUAAAACUAAUUUUCCCGCUACUAAUGAGAACCGUCCAACCAUCACGACAAUGGACAAAAAGCGACAGAUUGCGGCUGCGAGGGUCAUAACACGUGCUAUCAGAAGAUAUCGAGAGAGGAAACGGAGAGAAGCUUUCAGACUAAGCCUUGGUGAGACAAAAAGUUCAGUAGAUAUGGGAAUGAUCCCGCACUUAGGGGAAACAAAAAGCCGUGUAGCCGCCUUAGUUUUAACUGAGAAGAGACUGAGUGAUUCUCUCCCCGACUUAUGCAAAAGUUCUCGCCAGGCAGGCAGAGAAAAAUACAAAGUAACUAUAACAAGGACGCCUUCAUUCGACAGAGCCGUUUUCAACAGAGAGGAGGUCUUGAGACAAGAAGCACUUGUUAAUGCUCCGCUAAAGAACGAAAAAGUAUCGGAACAACCUAAAAGUUACGAAAAGUGA